AUGGGUCAACCGUCCUACCAGGCGUCCAACGCCAUAGUCUACCUGACUUAUGGUGCAUUUCUUAUAUUGGGAACCGCCCUGGCAUGGAGAUUCCGCAAGGACUCCAAGGGCGAGUUCCUUUCCGGCAACAGAACUCGGACUGCACUUCCGAUCGCUUUGAACUUCAUCGCCUCUGGUCUCGGAUCCGGCAUCCUGUUCUCCUACCCGGAGCUUGCCACCAUCGCCGGCGUGCAAGGCGUGGUUACCUACGCCCUGAUGUCCGCCCUGCCGCUGCUGAUCUUCGCUGCUCUGGGGCCCGUCAUCCGCCGCAAGUGUCCUGAGGGCUUCGUCCUCACGGAAUGGACGCGCCAGCGAUAUGGAGUCAUCACAGCCCUGUGGUUGAGUUUCCUGACGCUGGUUACCAUGUUCUUGUACAUGGUUUCCGAGCUGUCAGCAAUCGGCCAGGUCGUUAGUACCUUGACUGGACUGGACUCGCUUCCUGUCCUCAUCGUGCAAUGUGUGGUUACUACUAUCUACACCUCUCUCGGCGGCUUCAGGGUCUCCUUCAUCACGGACAACAUCCAAGGCACCAUGGUGCUCGGCCUCAUCAUAAUUGCAACCAUCACCAUCGGUGCGCGGACUGACAUUCAGCCGAGCCUCGUCGAACGCUCAGGUCUUCUCGAGCCAAGCCUGCUCGGCUGGCAGCUCCUGUACAUCUUCCCGGUGGCAAUCAUGACCAACGAUUUCUUCCUCUCUAACUUCUGGCUGCGGACCUUCGCCUCCAAGACCGACAAGGACCUCUGGAUCGGCGUCAGCAUAGCCGUCGUCUGCGUGCUCAUCAUCCUGACGCUUGUCGGGAUGACGGGCUGCAUCGCAGCCUGGUCUGGCGCCUGGCCCGGCGACCCAGCUCAGGAUGGCAGCGUGGCAUUAUUCCUCCUCCUGGAGCAGCUCCCCAACUGGGUGAUCGGAAUUGUGCUCGUCAUGGCUGUUUCGCUGUCCACCGCGUCCUUUGACUCGCUUCAGUCCGCUAUGGUCUCUUCCGCCGCGAACGACCUGUUCCGCAACAAGCUGAACAUCUGGUACAUCCGGCUGGCCGUCGUCCUGCUCAUCAUCCCCGUGAUUGUCAUCGCGCUGAGGGCCAUAUCCAUCCUGCAGAUCUACCUCAUUACGGAUCUCCUCUCGGCCUCGACCAUCCCCGUACUGGUACUCGGCCUCAAUGAUAGGGUAUACUGGUGGCGCGGCUUCGAGGUCGUCGUCGGCGGCCUGGGCGGCAUCCUGAGCGUGUUCAUCUUUGGCACCAUCUACUACGGCGACGCCGAGUCUGGCGCACAGCUCAUCCUCCUGGAGCAGGGCCUGUACGGAAACGACUGGGCCGCGUUCGGCGCCUUCGUCGCUGCCCCUAUUGGCGGGCUGCUCUCUGGCUUCGCAGCCUGCGCGCUGAGGCUCUCGUUCCAGUUCUUCUUGGCUAAGAAGAACGGUACGCGGUUCACGGGGCUGGACCGCCCUGCUGUGGAAGAUGACUCUGAGACAGAAGUGGUCGUUCACCAGAGUGAAGAAGUCCCAGUGUCCAAGCAUGCGGGGAAGUUCUUCUGA